AUGGAGGAUGUUCCAGCAGGGGGCAGCAGCACCAUCCACGUCUCCUUCACUCCCCUGACCCUGUCAGAACUGACCUCUAACGCUGCCUGUGUAUCCUUCGCUCUGGGCUUCAUGAGCCUUGACUCCAAGGUGUCGUCCUGUAUCCCGGGUAAGGUUCAAAGGGCUCAGGGUCAGGAUCUGGAACCUCUCAGAUUGGACCUCCAGGCCUCCGUCAGACCUGCCGUCCUGUCAGUGCAGAUGGAGGAGGAAGAGGAGUGCCUGGAGUUCUGUGCUGUGGCUAGUGAUUUAAUACAGGGCGAGCCACACAAUGAGAUGGUACAGAGGAAGUGUUCCAUCACACGGACGUUCCAGUUGAAGAAUAGUACAGAGAUGCCUCUGAGUUUCAGGCUGAGCACCCAGCCUCCCUUUUCUGUACUGCAGCCUAGAGGUGGUGUCGGGACAGCCGGCUGCUCCUCCCACAGCCUCCCAUCUGGGGAGAACCAGCUACUGCUGCUGCAGCCACGGCACAACAAGCAGGUAGGUUAG